AUGAUAGUUAGCAAAUAGUAAAGCAUCAUUAGUUUAUUAUGGAGAUCAGCAUGCGGCUUUUCUAAAUUUUCUAAGCGUUAGACUACUCCUAAAAUUUUAAGAGAUCACCGUUUUACUCGUAAGGGAAUGGUUAUUAGAAAGUAAUCUAAAAAUUAUGAUUACGAUCUCACUAAUUUAGCUGCAAGUUAGGCUCAUUAGUCUCAUUUAUUCUUCAACAAAGAAGAAGAUUUUGCCUUAUUAAAAAAAUAAGCAGAUGAAAAGGAGAAAAAUAUGAAAAAUAUGCACGUUUUUGAAGAUCACUCUGUUCCCGAAACUAUUUUACUCGAAGUUUAGGAUAAAUUUUUAGUUUAAAAGCACCCUGAAAAGGUUCUAAAUAAUUUAGUCGAACUUGACAAGCAAUUCUCUAAGAAGGGAGGAGAAAUCACCGAAUUGAUUCAAUCAGCCCUUAGCAAACUUAUUAAGGAACAAAUUUUAUCUUUUAAUUUAAAAAAUUUUGGUGUCCUUACAACUUUAGCCAAAAAGUACUUGCCUAACGAUGCAAAGUUGUGGGAAAAUCUUGCAAAUAAUUACUGCCGUCUCAUGUAAAAAAGUGAAUACAAUGAUUUAAAAACUUUAGAUUCUGCUCGCUCAUAGAAGUACAUUGAAAACUCUGUUUUAACUUUGACCACCGUAUUGAAAUUCUCCAAUAAAUUCCAUCACGAAAAUUGCGUUGAAAACAUUUCUUAGGUUGCUACAUCUUAUUUAAGCACCAAUUUCGAUGUAGUUUAAGAUGUUAACACUCGUUUCUUAUUGAUAUCAAAUAUUUUACCUCUUAUUCAAAGCUAUAAAUAAGUAGAAUUGAUUGGAUUAGUAAAGUAAAAGAUGGAUCUUAUUCCCAAGCUCCAAGCAAAUACUAUCACUGCAUUGACUCACUCAAUUUAUAAAGUUAAGCAAUAAAACUCCAAAAACAGCAGAUUCCCUGCUGAUCUUAUUGAUGUUUCAUUCUUACAAAAGUUAGAAUAAACUUGGCUUAAAACUUUUGAUAAGAGCAACACCCAACUUUUAGCUAUUUUUUCAUACUCUAUCGCUUCUUUGGGUUAUAGCGGCGAAACUAAAAAGUUUACUUAAGAAUACGUAGAAAAGAACAUUAAAGACAUCACCAAUCUUAAGGAUCUCGCCUUCUUUGGAGAAUCAUUAAAGAAGUUCAGAGCUCUUUCUUAAAAAUACUUCACCGGAGCUGAAUAAACCUUGAAGUAGGCUUUAUCUAAUAACAGCUAAGAACUUCAUGCAGAAUUGGCCUUACAAUUAUUGAGAGUUUACUCCAAAAAUCUUUUCCUUAACUCAGAAAUAGCUAGCGCUUUAAUUAAGAAAGUUGAUGAUGCCUAUUACUAUGAAUAAUUCAAGCCCAAGGCCUCUUAAAACGAAAUGAUUGUUAAAACUUUACAAAAAUAUUCUUAAAUCGUUGACCUUUCCAAUUUGAGAAUUUAUCAAAAUUUGAUUGGCUCCAAGAAAUUAUUUUGA